UAUUGACAUAAAAUAGCGUAGUUUCAGAAAUAGCUACUUCAGCAGGUUAUUACAAGGAUGAUGGUACAUUUAUAGAUCUCUUGCUUGCCAGUGGAGACCCUAUAUAUGCAAGUGUGGAUUGAAUAUGAUAGCAAACGGAGACAGCUUAAUGUCACACUUCAUCCUAUUCGUGUCCCUAAGCCAAAAGUUCCACUUCUUUCUCUGCAAAAAGAUCUUUCUCCCUUUUUGCUUGAGUAUAUGUAUGUUGGCUUCUCUUCAUCCACGGGUACACUAACUGCAUCUCACGAUAUAUUGGGUUGGACGUUCAAGAUGAAUGGGACGGCUCCAGUUAUAGACCUUUCUCGCCUGCCAAAGGUUCCUCGUUUUAAUCAGCCAUGGAUCCAGAGUCCAAAGGGGGUUUUAACAAUCAGUUUGACUGUAUCAGGCGUCAUCUUACUCAUUGUCUUGAGCCCUGGCUUAUGGCUUUUCCUCAAGAGGAAGAAGCUACUUGAAGUUCUUGAAGACUGGGAGGUACAGUUUGGUCCUCAUAGGUUUUCUUUUAAAGAUCUACACACUGCAACAAAGGGUUUCAAGGAUACUGAGAUUCUCGGUAAAGGAGGAUUUGGGAAAGUCUAUAAGGGUACUUUACCAGUUUCCAACGUAGAGAUUGCAGUGAAGAUGGUUUCUCAUGACUCAAGACAGGGAAUGAGGGAAUUUAUUGCUGAGAUCGCAAUUGGGCAACUGAGACAUCCUAACUUAGUUCGGCUCCAGGGUUAUUGCAGACACAAAGGUGAACUCUACUUGGUGUAUGAUUGUAUGCCAAAAGGAAACCUUGAUAAGUUCCUCUACCACCAACCGAUGAUGAGUCUUGAAUGGUCACAGAGAUUCAAGAUCAUUAAAGACGUAGCUUCUGGACUUUGUUACUUGCACCAACAAUGGGUGCAGGUGAUUAUCCACAGGGAUAUUAAACCAGCUAACAUCCUUCUUGACGCUAAUAUGAAGACAAAACUUGGUGACUUUGGUCUCGCAAAGCUUUGUGAUCAUGGGAUUGAUCCUCAAACCUCUCAUGUGGCAGGUACACUUGGGUAUAUUUCACCUGUCAAGAACAGGAAAAAAGCAAGUACAAGUUCAGAUGUAUUUUCACUCGGAGUAGUGAUGCUAGAGAUUGCUUGCGGGCGAAAACCUAUAUUGCCACGAGCAUCGCAAAGCGAGAUGGUACUGACUGAUUGGGUGCUAGAGUGUUGGGAGAAUGGAGAUAUCAUGCAGGUUCUUGAUGAUAAUAUUGGACAGGAGUAUGUUGAGGAGCAAGCAGAACUUGUUCUGAAACUCGGCUUACUCUGUUCACAUCCUGUAGCAGCCAUCAGACCAAACAUGUUCAGCGUCGUCAAGUUCUUGGACAGUGUGGCUCAGCUUCCUGAUAACUUACUUAACAUUGUCCAAGCUCGAGAAGUUUAUCCAGGUCUUGAAAUCUCAGGUGAAACAGCUGAUUCUCCUGAGUCCAGUUCCAUUGCUCCCUUGACAUUCACUGAAUCUUUCGUCUCUCACGGACGCUAA